AAUACAGCUCUAGUGGUUCAUACCAGUUCUGUGGUAUAUACGCUCUGCAAAGCGGAAGUGUUUUUUUGCGUACAAGCGUAGCGUUGUUUUUGAGAAAGCUAGCUACGUAGGUGACGAGAGAAUGGAGUCAAACAGCGAAAGUCACAAGCUGGUGUUCGAGAAGGAGGGCGUGUACCUGCACACCAACGCCAAGAGGAGCAACCAGGACACGGCUCACCCCGGGUUCAUCCGCAUCGUGGAGAGGGGGGGAGAGCCGGCAUUGGAGUGGUGCCCCCUUGAGGAGGAUAGAGCAAGUGCACCGGCUGUGUUCUACACCAAAAAGGACGGAGAGGGCGGGGAGGAGGAGACGAACUUUGACCCCGGGUACGAGCCGGACUGGGCGGUGAUCAGCACGGUGAAGAGGGAACGGGAGCCCGCCCCGGUGCGGGAGACAGGUCAGUGGGGCUCCUUCUCCCUGCCGCUGUCGGAGCUGUACUCCCUGCGCCGUGCCCGCUUCUCCCUGGGCCGGAACUUCCUGGUGCUGACCAGCAGGGGGGGCCACCCCCUCCCGCCCCUGCACUUCCACCGGGGCGGCACCAUGGACCUGCUCCGGGCCCUGCAGCGAUACAUCAUCCUGGCCCAGUCUCCAGUGGACCACCGGCUCUUCCUGGCUUAUCCACAUGACUCUGGCGCCCUCUCCCAGUCAUUUGAGGAAUUGCAGCUUUUUGAAGAGGGUAGCUCCGACCUUGUGUCUAGGUUCAUUCAGGACCCGUACGCGACCACGUUCGGGGGCUUCUCCAAGGUCACCAACUUCUUUCGGGGGGCGCUCCGGCCGCAGGACUCGCCCCUGCACCCCCGCUCCCCUCAGGAAGGCCACGGGCCACUCUCCGCCGAGGAGGAGCCGGGGUUCGAGCUCAUCACCUGCGGAGCUGAACUGGGGCCCAAGCCUGAGGUCUCACGCGGUCAGCCCAUGGACACGUGGGACGAGCUCCUGGACCCAGAGGGCCGGGUGACAGACCCGCAGAGGGUGAAGGAGCUGGUCUUCAGAGGGGGCAUCACUCCAUCCCUGCGGAAGGAGGUGUGGAAGUUUCUGCUGGGUUUCUACCCCUGGGACAGCACAGCCAAGGAGAGGGAGGAGUUGGUGAGAGCAAAGACGGACGAGUACUUCAGAAUGAAGGUGCAGUGGAAGUCGGUGAGCGAGGAGCAGGAGAUGAGGAACUCCCUGCUCAGGGGAUACCGCAGCCUGAUUGAGCGCGACGUCAGCCGGACGGACAGACACAACACCUUCUUCUCCGGGAACGAGAACCCGGGCCUCACCCUGCUGAACGACGUGCUGAUGACGUACUGCAUGUACAACUUUGACCUGGGGUAUGUUCAGGGGAUGAGUGAUCUUCUUGCCCCCAUCCUCUUCGUCACGCAGAAUGAAGUGGAGUCCUUCUGGUGUCUGACAGGCUUCAUGGACCUUGUGCAUCAGAACUUUGAGGAGUCCCAGGAGGCCAUGAAGCAGCAGCUCCUCCAGCUCAGCAUCCUGCUCAAGGCUCUGGAUCCAGAGCUGUGCGACUACCUGGACUCUCAGGACAGUGGCUCCCUGUGUUUCUGUUUCCGUUGGUUACUGAUCUGGUUCAAGCGGGAGUUCUCGUUUGAGGACAUCCUGACACUGUGGGAGGUGCUUUGGACCCGCCUUCCCUGUGCUAACUUCCACCUGCUGAUGGCCUGUUCCAUUCUGGAGUCGCAGAGGGAGGAGCUGAUCGGCUCCGACCAUGAUUUCAACACCAUACUGAAGCACAUCAACGAGCUGACGAUGAGGCUGGACCUACAGGCGCUCCUGCAGGGGGCUGAGGCCAUCUACCUCCAGCUCACACGCUGCAAGGAGCUGCCUGUGAAGGUUCAGGAGGUGUUGGGCCUCUGUGCUCCCCCCAGCUCGGAUGAUGAAAGUCCCGUUUCAGAGCCCAUGGAGUCGCAGCCGCUCCUCAGCCAAUCGCAGGCCGGGGACGUCGCCGCCGCCCAAUCGAGCGGCAGCUGUGAGCCCCGCCCACCCCCCACUUACCCUUAACCGAAGGACUGGGCAACGGGGGGAGAGCGACUAGGGGGGUCUUGGUGGGUGGGGUUAACGUGGUUUCAUGCCUUCUGGGCCGAGUGGCGCGGGCAUGUCUGUGAGCAGCUGGUGUGGCCUUGACGAGCCUUCAGGACACCUCCGUGUCAUUGCACUCCAGAACAGCAGGUGGCAGUAUGCACCACUUGGUCAAUAAUCCCGGUUCAGAGUUCAACAAGACAAUAAUUUACUGAAGGUCAUUGACCCCAAACCUCCCCAUAUUGUGUCAGUCAGCCGGCCAGUCCGGUCACGUGACUCCGUUUUGGGCUUCUGCGGACACUUUCCAAGUCUGUCCGUCUCGCGAUUCCACUCUGAACGGUUUACCUGUUCACGCUCCACUCGACGCAGAAGGCUUUAGAGCGCUUUUAGAAAGCAGACUGAAAGUGAACAUGAAGGCAUUGUUCUCAGAAGAGCGUUUUUGAGGUUGUACCAUAUUGUACAGACACGCUGUAGAGAGAGGGCUGGUGAUGCGCACUGUGGAGGCCAGUGCCGGAUGUGUGUGAGGCGACUGAGAGCUGCGCUUUUUCAUUGACUUUAUACUCUUUCUGACACCACCGUAAUUAUGUGCACUAGUUUUUCGUUUCCCAUUUUUGUUUCUGCUUAAAACACCUCGUCCGCAGUCUCUUGGGAAAUGCAUGGCGUCACCUUGUGUGUCCGGUAGAUGCCUAUUUAUCACUAUAACCGUGCAAUCAUCCGUUUCCUUGUCUCUUUGUGCCUAAUGAGUCAUAUGUCGAUCUGUGUCUUUAUACCUUUUCUUUAGUAUUACUGUUUAAGUCGUCUUGUCCCUCUCCCCCCGUUCUUUCUCUCCCUCCCUCCCUCCCCCUCUCCUCCCUGCCUCUCUGUUUCUCUCGUUUCUGUUGGUGUAAUGAAGGUGACUGACUGACGCCGGUUAAUUUCUGAACGAUGCAUACCUGCAUGCCAGUGUUUCGUUAUUUGCAAUAUAUCAAUGUUUUAUGUGGAGUUUGGCUCUUCCGUUGUAAGCUUAUUUUCGUUAAUAAGUGCAAAUAAAGUCUGUAGUGGAACUCUUAA